GCACACUUUGGAGCGAUGAGUUCAAGAUCUUGAAGAGAGAGGAGCACAGCAGGGCUGCGUAGGAAUUAAACACGCACACUCAACGCUACAGCUGCAAACGCUUUACACAUCUUGACGGCAGUGGACACCUCACUGGAACCAUGAAGUCUCCCAAACUGGCCCGCCAAGCAAAGCUGGUGGAUGUGGACGAUCUGGACGAUGUGCUGUGCGAGUUCGAUGCCGUGAUCGAGGACUUCACAUCCCCGCUGGAGAAGCGCCACUUCCGCUAUGACGAGCACCUGAGGACGGUGAAGAGGCGGAGCAGCGCCAGCGUCAGUGACAGCGGCAUCAGCGACACUGAUAGUGCAGAUUCGCUGAACAGAAACAGUUUCAGCUUGAGCGAUGAGAGGCUCCACUCGCCCACCGCGCUGUCCCCGACACCCACCUCACCCACGCUGAUGUCACCAAAACCCAAACUGGGAGACACCAAAGAACUGGAGGACUUCAUUGCAGACCUGGACAAGACUUUAGAGAGCAUGUGACACCCCAGCCAGCCAUCUUGGAUCACAGCCAUGAAAGAGAGAGCGGAGUCUCCGAUACACCCCACCCCACCCCCCAACUCCACCCUACACCUGCCCCCUGACUGAACCGCGCCCCGUGCCCCACGCUAACCCUCCAACAGGAUGCAGCUGGAUGGCAAAGCAGCUGCUAGUUGGCUCCAGGUCAUCUUGCAGUCUAGUCGGCCAUCCACUCGUGCCGUGCCACCUGGCUACUGGCACCCAAAGGACUCGCAUCCCAAUUAGCUUUGGGGGGGCAUGUGACUUUUAAAAAGAGACUGGACUGUUAGCCACACUGGAAUAUUCUAAUUAUUAUAUUAUUCCUAUUUAAUGAUAAUAAUAUUAUUAUCACACAUCAGAUCAGGUUACACUCCCUCACAAAUAAGUAUAACGGGAUGAGGCUUUUUUUGUUGUUUUAUUUCUUUUGAUUUUUGUAAAAGAAUUUGUAAUUUUAUAGAGCUUCAUAUUGUAAAUUUAUAGGUCAUUUUGUGAAAUAUAUUUUUGUACCAUGUGUAAAUAAUGAAUAUUAAAAACGGUUAUGUUAUGUUAGUUUCUUGGUUAAAAGAAAGGAGAAAAUGCAUAAAUAAAUAAAUAAAUAUAUAUAUAUAUAUAUAUCAUGUGUCAAUGGAAAGCAACAUUAUGACAGAUAAUACCUGCCAGAGAUAAUAUUAAAGAAUGCUUUUGUUAACAAA